AUGUCGUCUACCAAGGAUGAGAAGCUUGACCAAGUGGAAAUAGCACCGGCAGUGGAAGACGCCCACGAUACCAAAUUCGAAAAACGAGUCUUGAAGAAGAUCGACCUUCGUCUCCUCCCGAUUCUCGGCGCUCUCUAUACCAUUGCAUUGGUGGAUCGAAGCAAUAUCUCCGUUGCCAGAAUCUCAGGUCUCGAUGAGGACGUUGGCCUCAAGCAGGGAAACCGUGCAUCGAUAGUACUCCUCGUCUUCUUCAUCGGCUACAUCAUCUUCGAGAUACCCUCGAACAUUGUCAUCCACAAAAUUGGCGCGGCAAACUGGUUGGCGUUCAUCGCGUUUGCUUGGGGGUUGGUCUCCUUGGGCAUCGGAUUUCUCAACAAUUGGAUUGGACUUGCUAUCUGUCGAGCAAUUCUUGGUGUCUUGGAGGCUGGGUUUUUCCCAGGCUGCGUCUACCUGGUCAGUUCGUGGUAUCGACGAUAUGAGGUGCAGAAGCGACUAGCAGGCUUCUUUCUCACAGCGUCGGCGCUAUCGGCCUUCGCCAAUAUCUUUGCAUACGGUUUGAUCCAGAUUGCCCAGACGACCGAGUAUAAGGGAUGGAGAUGGAUCUUCAUCAUCGAGGGUGCCAUCACCUGCGUUGCUGCGAUUGCCGCAUGGUUCGUCAUUGUCGACUUCCCUGACUCCAAUCGGAACAAGUUUCUCUCGCCGAAGGAAAAGGAGUUUGUCAAGUCGAGACUAGCCGCCGAUCGAGGCACUGAAGAGCGACAGAAGGUUACGUGGUCGAUUCUUUUCAGAACAGCAGCCGAUUGGAAAGUCUGGGCGUUCUCUCUCAUGUACAUGAGCGGUGCCGUUGGUGUCUAUGCAUUCUUGUUCUUCCUUCCAAUUAUUCUCCGAAGUGGUCUAGGGUAUUCGCUUUCGAUGUCCUUCGUCCUGUCAGCACCUCCUGCCUUGUUCUCGGUGAUCGAGGCUUUCUUUAUCUCAUGGCUUGCCGAUAAGACGAAAAUGCGGGGCCCUUUUGUCGUUUUCCAAGGGAUUGUUGGGAUCGUUGGGCUGUGCAUGACAGGUUUCCUUGAUGCACCAACUCCUCGAUACGUUGGCACUUUUCUGGGUGAAGCUGGCGUCAACGGGCUUGUAGUUUCAGUCCUAGCGUGGCAAGCGAACAAUAUUCGAGGGGAUGCGAGAAGAGCCGUCGCUACAGCGAUCUUGAUCUCUGUUUCCGGUAUUGGAGGCAUUUACUCGUCAUUGGUCUUCCGCCAGCAAGACGCUCCAAAUUACCUCCCUGGCAUUAUCGCAGUCAUGGCAAUUUGUGUGUCGACAGUUAUUAUCGCAUCAAUCAUGAUGCUGGCGCUCAGACGAGCGAACAAGCAGGCAGACGAGGGCAAGAGAAUGAUUGAGGGGCUUGAGGGAUUCAGAUAUACCAUCUGA